AUGAGAGUCAACCGGUUAAUAACCAAAGUAAACCAAUAUUGGUUUAGUGCAUUAGGUUGCUCUCCACUAGGAACGUGUGUUAGUGGGGUAGUUACUUUGUCUUCCUCUGUAUUUAUAUACAUCGAUGUAUUUGGAAUGAGACAUGAAGAGAAAAUUGCAGUAAGCUUUUGUGUUUUUGUUUUUAAGUCUUUGAGACCUAUCACACCACCGCAGCAGCAGACGUAUUCAUCUUCUGAUGAAGAGGAGGAGGAAGAAGAAGAGGAGGAUGAGCUAGACAUGAUCCCUAGCGAGAUAUACUGUCCAUGGACGCCAGCGAGAUCCCCGGUGGAGAUGACGUCUCCUUGUAGAAAGAGCAAAUCGACAGGAUCGUCGUCUUCGACGUCGGCAUGGUCGAGGAGACGAUGGAAAAUUAGAAACCUGCUUAAGAGAAGUCGCAGCGACGGGAAGGAAUCACUCGAGUUCUUGAACUCGAGCCCUGUUAACAACAUAGACAAAUCUUGUUCUUCUUCUCCUUGUCCGAAGAACAAGGAGACGGUGAAGACAAAGAAGAAGGAAAAGGAGAAGGAGAAGGAGAAAGUUUCAGCACACGAGAAAUUUUACCUGAGGAACAAAGCAAUGAAAGAAGAGGACAAGAGAAAGUCAUAUCUACCGUACAAGCAAGAACUUGUCGGAAUUUUCUCCAACAUUCACCGACACGGCAAAGCUUUUCCUCGGUUCUGAUCUGAUCCAUGACAACAACUAGAGUUUUGUUGUUUGAUUGUUUAUUAUCUUUAGAAAAUCAUUUUAUUUCCACAAAAAAAAAAGAUGCGAGUUCACAUUCGUUAUCUAAAGUACUAGUGGUAUCGGUUUUUAAAUUAUAUUUUUCUCGUUUUGUACGCAGUUUGAUGAACGAAAUUUCAUCAUGUUCAUACGAUGUUGUAUAUUUUAUAAUUUGGGUUCAUGAUUUUAUGCAAAUGUAGUUGCAGAUAUUACCAGACGUGAAAUAUAGAUGUAAAAAAACGUGAAACUAUUGUAUAAAGACGUUGCAAGUUGCUUGUAUUUUAUUAUUAUCUAUCUUAUUAAAACAGAAACAUUACAACUUCUUCUAGGUAGAUUUUAAUGUUGGACCUUAUGUAAUUAAUGCUAUAUUAAUCUACUUAUUAUUAAACAUGUUUUUUUAUAAAUAAUUAACAUCAACCAUUACCAUAGUUUUUCACUUUUUACCUUAUUAUUAUAUCCACUACGCAUAUUUUCUUAUAUUACAUAUAUUUUACUAUAAGCUAGAUACAUCCACUAGCAUAUU